UUGUGAUAAACAUGACAAUUGCUGACGUAAUACGUCUAGGAGACGACGAGAAUAUGGCGCCCUAAUCUGUGAACUAAGGAUACAGUUUGGUGAAUCUGUUUGAGAUUUGCUGUGUAAUUGUAAAUUUGGUGUAGAACGUGUUUUGUGGAAUUUGUGGAAUAACAUUAAUAUUAAAAUGAGUGUUGACGCCUAUGGACCCAGUUCGCAAACGCUAACAUUCCUCGAUACCGAGGAAGCAGAACUAAUCGGUGCGGAUACACAAGGUUCUGAAUUCGACUUCACAGAUUUUACUUUACCAUCCCAAAGUCAAACCCAAGCAUCACAGCUGGAUGCCGGUCAAAGUCAGGCUGCUCCAAAUCAGGUUAAUGGUGAAGUAGUUGAAAACGGCUUGGACACUGACAUUUCUGUCACUACAAAGGCUUUGGGUGAAUUGCAAUUUGAGGAGGAGGAAGAUGAAGCAUAUUAUAAUAAAGACUUACCUGAAUUUGCAUGCAAGUAUUGCGGCAUUCAUGAUCCGAGCUGUGUUGUAAUGUGCAAUAUCUGUAAAAAAUGGUUCUGUAAUGGCCGUGGUAACACUUCGGGAUCACAUAUUAUAAACCAUUUAGUUCGAGCUAAACAUAAGGAAGUUACAUUGCAUAAAGAUGGACCCCUUGGUGAAACUGUUUUAGAAUGCUAUUCUUGUGGUGUGAGAAAUGUUUUUGUUCUGGGAUUUAUUCCUGCAAAAGCAGAUUCCGUUGUUGUGCUGCUUUGUCGCCAGCCAUGUGCUGCACAAAAUUCACUUAAAGAUAUGAAUUGGGAUCAAGAACAAUGGAAACCAUUAAUUGCUGAUCGCUGUUUUUUAACUUGGCUUGUGAAGAUUCCGUUAGAGCAAGAACAGUUGCGUGCUCGGCAAAUUUCUGCCCAACAAAUAAACAAACUUGAGGAAUUGUGGAAAGAUAAUGUAGAUGCUACAUUUCAAGAUCUUGAAAAGCCAGGAGUUGAUGAAGAACCUCAACAGGUGUUACUUAGGUAUGAAGAUGGCUAUCAGUAUCAGAAUAUAUUUGGUCCUUUGGUGAAACUCGAGGCAGACUAUGAUAAAAAGUUAAAAGAGUCUCAAACCCAAGAAAAUAUAGAAGUUCGUUGGGAUGUUGGUUUGAAUAAGAAAACAAUUGCGUACUUCACCUUGGCAAAAACCGAUGGAGACAUGAAACUUAUGCAUGGUGAUGAGCUUCGUCUUCGCUAUUUGGGAGAAAUACACAAGCCAUGGUCUGGUGUGGGUCAUGUAAUUAAGAUCCCUGACAAUUUUGGUGAAGAAGUUGGAAUUGAAUUAAAAAACAACAGUGGAGCUCCUACUGAAUGUGUGUCACAUUUUGUGGUUGAUUUCAUCUGGAAAUCAACAUCUUUUGACCGGAUGCAAUUGGCCUUGCGAAAAUUUGCUGUUGAUGACUCAUCUGUGUCUGGGUAUAUUUACCAUCGACUCCUGGGACAUGAAGUGGAAGAAGUUCUCUUCAGGUGUCACCUUCCGAAGCACUUCUCUGCUCCACACCUGCCUGAUUUAAAUAGAUCGCAGGUAUAUGCUGUGAAACAUGCUGUCCAGCGUCCAUUGUCACUAAUUCAAGGACCUCCAGGAACUGGCAAAACUGUCACCUCUGCCACUAUUGUUUACCAUCUUGUAAAACAGAGUGGAGGUUCUGUGCUUGUAUGUGCCCCCUCGAACAUUGCUGUGGACCAACUAACAGAAAAAAUUCACCGAACAGGAUUAAAGGUUGUUCGUUUCAAUACUGAGCUUCAGAAGCUUCAACAACUUAAGGAUGAAACAGGUGAAUUGUCAUCUGUAGAUGAGAAAAGAUACAGGAUGCUAAAAAAGGCUGCAGAGAAGGAACUCCUAGAAGCAGCAGAUGUGAUCUGCUGCACCUGUGUUGGUGCAGGGGACCCAAGACUUCAAAGACUGAAGUUCCAUUCCAUUCUCAUUGAUGAGAGUAUGCAAGCAACUGAACCUGAAUGCAUGGUUCCUGUUGUAUUAGGUGCUAAGCAGCUUAUUCUGGUUGGGGAUCAUUGCCAGCUUGGUCCUGUUGUAAUGUGCAAAAAGGCUGCAAGGGCAGGUUUAUCUCAGUCCCUGUUUGAACGUCUUGUAGUACUGGGAAUCAGACCUUUUAGAUUGGAAGUGCAGUAUCGAAUGCAUCCUGAACUAUCUCGUUUCCCUUCCAAUUUCUUCUAUGAAGGGUCCCUUCAAAAUGGUGUUUGUGCAGAUGAACGAAAGUUGACAAAGAUUGAAUUUCCGUGGCCUCAACCCGACAAACCAAUGUUCUUCUAUGUCACUCAAGGACAAGAGGAAAUUGCAGGAUCAGGAACUUCAUAUUUGAACCGAACUGAAGCUGCAAAUGUUGAAAAAAUAACUACCAGAUUUUUGAGAUGUGGGGUGAAACCAGAACAGAUAGGUGUUAUUACUCCAUACGAAGGCCAGAGAGCAUACCUUGUUCAGUAUAUGCAGUACCAAGGAUCACUGCACGCUAAACUAUAUCAAGAAAUUGAAGUUGCUAGUGUUGAUGCAUUUCAAGGUCGAGAGAAGGACUUGAUCAUUAUGUCUUGUGUUCGGUCAAAUGAACACCAAGGUAUUGGUUUCUUGAACGAUCCUAGGCGUUUGAAUGUUGCUCUGACCAGGGCUAAAUAUGGCAUUAUUAUUGUUGGCAAUCCAAAAGUUUUAUCCAAGCAACCACUAUGGAAUCAUUUACUCAACUUCUACAAAGAACAAAAAGUAUUGGUUGAAGGACCAUUAAAUAAUUUGAAAGAAUCGAUGAUUCAGUUUGCUAAACCCAAGAAGUUAGUGAACACAGCAAAUCCCGGUACUCAUUUUAUGUCCACAUCUGUCUAUGAUGCAAGGGAAGCUCUUGUUCCUGGAAGUGUCUAUGAUCGCACCAGUCAUAUGAAUGGAACUCAUAAUCCAACUAACAGUGUUGCUAUGGAUUUGUAUAGUAGAACUCAUGAUCCUGCCUCAUAUAUAUCUCCUGAAAGAGCUCAAGCUGCUCUUGCUAACAUGCCUGUACCUGUUGGAAUGUUUAUGAAUAUGGCACAUGUACCACCAAGAUUUUACAAUCAACAUCAGCAAGCUUUGCAGGCUCGGCAGAACCAACGUAAUCGAGCUGCAACUCGAAGCAAAGUUAAGAAUACACGGAACACCAUGAAAAGUGGUCUUAGCCAAGGACAAAGUAGUCAGGAUGCCACUCAACCCUUCAGUCAAGCGGUCCCUCUUACUCAAGGAAUGUCACAGAGUAUGUCACAACCAGGUUUCAGUCUUUCACAGCCUGGUUUAUCUCAAGCAGAACUCUCUCAAGAUAGUUAUAUGGUUGGAGAAUAUCAGUCACAGAUGGAUGGUCUUUUGUCCCAAGACUCUACUUACCAAGGUGACCGUUCAGCAUUUUAUGCUGGUCCAUCUCAAGGGGGACAGUUCUCACAGAAUGUAUGUACAAAUGAUGUACAAAUAUACAUGUAU